GUUUCAGAAAAUUCUAUUCUGUUUCUAGUGGAAGAAGGUCAUCUUUUCUUACCGUGCUUUGCGUUUAUAUCACAAUGACCUGUUACCAACAUUUUAUUGUUUUCGCGUUGGUUUUCACUUUUCUUUCCUCUGCUUCAAGAUCUGCGGCCACUAGUCCUUCAUUCGCAAGAUCUUAUGGACGUGAGCCGCCAAAAGGAGUUAAUGGAGGAUUUGGGUGUCUUGCCUGCACUGUAGUUGUUGCUCUGUUAGAACAGAUGAGUGUUAUUCACAAUGAAACGUUCGCAAAAUCAUACUAUCGAUUGUGUAAUGCUUAUCCAGGUCUUUACAGAGAGCCCUGUAUCGCAUUGGGAGAAUUCUUCAUUCCGCAAGUAAUCGACCUCAUAAACAAGAAGACAUCCGCGGAUGUGAUUUGCCAUGCAAUUCAGCUUUGUUAUCGAGAGAAGGGGCAGCCAUAUUGCCACGCGUUUCCUAGAAAUGACUUCCACGAGGAAUUAUUGCGAUCAAGGGAAGUAGUAUCUUCACCUUUCACGUUCGAAAAAAGUGCAAGUGACUAUCAAUCAAAGGAUCAAGCAGCGUUCAAUCCCUGUACCCUUCCAGGUGUCAAGCCUCUUUGCGAUAAGCUCCAGAAUGUCUUUGAAAAUCAAGAUUUGUCGCUUUUUGAUUGGGAUAAAGACACUUACUUUCCCUCAGUCGAGUCAUGGCGAGGAAUAUCAUGGAGGGGUCGUGACUGUAAUGAUCUCGAUGCUCUUCAUCAUCCUGGGGCCAAACCAGAGGAUGGCGACGUCUUUUUUGACUCCAACUGCAAUGGUAUUCAUGGCAUAGAUUUUAUUACUGGCAAACCAUAUGAAGAUUUGUUUUGCAAAGGUUAGCGCUGUAACACUUUCCGUUCAAGUUUAUAAUCUAACUGAAUUAAAAAUUCUUUUCUCAGUUGAGAACUCCAAGCUAUGCAAAAUAGCCUAAUGUAAGUAUAAAUCACUUACCGCGUGACACGAAAUUUUUGCAGAAGGCUUUUUUUGUGAAUUGGGGAUUUUUUAUGUUUUGCGGGAACUAAUUUUUGCUUCCUUGACAAAUCAUUUAUAAUAUUGUGGUACCCUACAACUGCCGGAUAACCAUUGCGGUGACUGAUUGUUCUGAUGAUCGAUAGGAAGUGAAAUUAAGUUAAGGAAUAUUUAUCCUGGAGAAAAUUUGUGCGGGAAAAUGCUUGCAGUAAUUUUGUUUUUGUUUGUUUGUUUGUUUUUUUUCUUGGGGGAGGGGGUGGGGAUUAUUUUUGCGGAUCGUCGCAAAAAUCGCAAAAUCGCUAAAAUAAGAACCCGCAAAAAUUUCAUGCCACGGUAUUUUAAAAUGUGAAAGUGCCACAGUAACAAAACUGAAACGAUACGGAAAUACUCGCAAAAUAUCUUGUGAUCAGUAUAGGGUGCUUUGUUUACUCCUGUCCUGCACUGGAACCAAAGGCAACUGCAAAGCUAAAACUGUAAAAAGCUGGGAAUCAUCGAAUAGAAAAUAGUGCAAGAGGCAAAUAAAAGUAUCAUUGCUAACUACAACGCAGUUGGCAAAGCCACUGGAUGAAAGCUAUAGAAAGAGGAAAGGCUUACUUGCCUCAAAACUGCAAAAAUCCCAUGUGAGAACUAAUUGAUAAGCACGAUGUGAUGAUGAGCAAAAAAAAAAACGGGCGAAACAUGGUUAGGCGUGGUGAGAAUGUCUCAAACGGAGCGCCCUAGGUCCGAUUGGUUGGAAACGUUCAUUCUUAGCCUACCUGAGCCUGUAGGCGCAAAGUAGGCUGUCCUUUUAAGAAUUGAUGAACUCUGGGUCGGAGUUUUGUUUUCUUUUAUUAUUCUUUUUGAGUAAAUCCUUCUUGCACAGAAAAUCGACUUGUAAAAAGAUACUCAUCAGCCAUGCAACAUCCCUAAAAUGCUGUCUUUAGGCUCCUUGAUACCAGGCUUUUUUCAGUGAGAAAAAAAUUGAAGGUUAGUUUUCACAAUUAUUUUUCAGACACUGGGUAUCUUGGUUUGAUUGUUAUUGGUGAUUCAGCUGCAGCGAAUUUCCAUAUUCCACCAGAGUGGGUAACAGCACGGCUGAUUUCUGGUAAGGUUUUUCAAAAUUUUUCCUUUAUCCUCGGAAAUGAGUUCGACUGGCCUCAGCUGUCUGGUUUUUCUGGAUACUUACGAGAGUCCAG